AUGAUUCUUGCCCGACUAGCGCUAGGAAAACCGGUGCGUGCCCAAGUUUUCUCGGCCCGGAUGCCGUCUUUCUGGCUCGGAGCCCGCUUCAACUCCAACUUGCCUCAAAACGUUGAUCCGAAAAAGAACUUGCCUUCGCAAGGUGAGUGGAAACAUUUGAAACAGCAUAUCCCUGGAGAAGCUGCCCACACAAACACAAUGAAGGAUCGGGUGCCGAAGUUCCCGUUGGCCAAGGAAAAUGUUCCUACGCUCUUGCCUCGGCCGGGCGUGCCGCGGGUGGGCCCAAACUUGUCGUUUCGCCAGGUGAUUCAGAUUUUGAAGAACAAAAAGAAGCCCGAGCUUAUCUACGAGGCCGAGCCGCAUCGGCUCUACUUCUUGGCUUGUUUCUGCUGUGCCAUAGUCUUUGCCGUGUACGGGCUUGUUUUGUUGGAGUUUGCCUGGUACCAGGCCAAUAAGGACUAUGAAGAGAAUGAGGAAGAGUUGGCGGAGCCCCUCAAGAAAAGACAGUUUGCCAAGUCUUUGCUCACAUACUCGUCUUUGGGAGCGAUUGCUUUGUUUAUGGCCUACCAGAUCGGAACCUUCCCCACCCGUCUUAUCCGCAGAAUGUGGUAUCUUCCAGGUCCAGUAGAACACAUUCAGUUCACGUCCUACUCGUUGAUUCCUGGAAGACCCACGCCGGUGAUUACUGUUCCUUUGCAUGACUUGGCCAGAAAACACAAGGCCCGUGUUUGGACAGGAAAGGGUUUCUACGGCACUGCUGACAAGUCGCUUUUCUUCUUCGUGUUGAAAGAAGUCAGCAAGAAACGCACGUGGAUCGUCGACAGAAAAGGAUUUUUCUGGUCUGACGGCCGUGUGUUUGACUUGUUGUUUGGAAAAGAAACGAUCGCCGAGGCUGAGGCCGGUAUUCCGUACGAUGAGCAGAUUGGCAUUGUCAACCGAGAGGUGAGGAAAAAGAAGAAGGAGCUUCGGGCAAAACAUGGUGUGUUUUACCAAUGGAAGCUCGGGGCACAAGAGGCCCAAAAAGACUUGAAGUCUGCUACCAACUACGUGAAGUCUUUGAAGUCUUCAAAUCCAAAAGGUUUGCCCAAGGAUAAGUGA